CGCGCAGCUUCGCACGCUCACAACGACUGAGCUGCGAGACAUUGGCCUUCAUGUCAUGUCCGAGGUCGCGCGCCGAGCCAACACGCUAGCCGCGGAAAGCCAGCAGCAUAUACGGCAAGAGCAGUACAUGCAUCAAGCUAUGCCAUCCUCAAACAUCGUACACCAGCAGGCCAAUCUUGCGAGCCACAAGCUGCCGCAGCAGAUCUCUCAGAUCUUUCUCUCCAACUUUGAGCGACACGUCUGGCCGCUUCUGUCGCUACCACACCUGUCGCCUGCGCGUCUCAGAGCCACACCUCCCGAUGAUGAGACCGUCGUGUCGAAUGCACUCACGGACAUCGCUCUGGCCAUCGGCAUCCAGCUGCACGCAUCGUCGCUUACGGCCUCGCAGACGGCCAACGCCGCUCAGGGGAAGAUCUAUCGGGCCUGUUUCGAGAGCGAUGACACCCGUCGACAGCAGCAAGAUCGCCAGGCUGAGGAUGUCAAGGUAUGGCUCGACGACGAGCAAUGUCGGGCCUAUGCGGUCAACAUGGUCCGUAGUCGGGGCUCCAAGAUUGGAGAAAAAAGCUGCGACAGCGUCCUGGAAGAUCUCCUCCUCUUUCACUUUUACAGCAUUCGGGGAGAACACUGUGCGGCCAGCGACUGUGCUGCGCGGGCACGCCGAGCCGUCCUCCGCCUGCAGGACUCGUGGCGGGGCGAAGCCGGCUGGACGGAGAACGAGGCUCGCUACCUCUGGCGGCGUGUCGAGGAUGCAGACUGGCAGUCACCAGUGUCCCAUGCUACGGGCCCUUAUCCAAGCCAACUAGCGGGCGAGCCGCUUGUGCAACUUGACGAUUCGCCCAGCAGGACUGUCGAUGAUGCAUUCCACGCACUGAGCCACCUUCUCUCUCGAUCGCUCACGCCUGGCGACAUGCCCAACGACUUGCUCUUAUCCAGAUUUAGGGCGUCAAUACCUGAGUCGCUGGCCUUCAGCUUGAAGAACGAUUGGAUGGACAAAAACGAGGCAGGCGCUACCGGCUGGAUCAACGAGACAAGCAUUGACCGAUCUCAGCCAAGCUUAAAAGUGUCGAUGUGCUUGGGUGUCUGCUUUGCACGUCUCUUGACGGCCAUCAAGCCGCUCGUCGACGGCUACAAAGGCGAUGGAAUGACAGGCGAAGAGCCCCGACGGUGCUAUGAGACUGCGUCCGCGAUGACCUCGGCGACCAUUCUAGCGCUCAACCUGUUCCCCGACAUCGCUGCAGAAGCACUCAGAUACGCCCACCACUCAGUAGCUGCAGCAUGGUCCAUGGCGGUCGCCAGCAAGCGGAUGAGCAGCGAAGUGGGUAAUGUCCUUGGCAAGCAGGUCCAAGACGUGCGCCAGCUCGCAGACCUCCUGGACAGCGUCUCUGGGACCAAGAAUUGUCGUUUUGCGACUUUGAUGCGUCAAGCGGCCGACUUUAUGGAGGACACUCUCGAAGUCGACCUAGAAGAGCUUGCGAAGCAGGGCAAGCUUAGGAGGCUGAUGCUUGGGGACACAACGGUCAGCGUCCCCACGGUCAACCCUGCCGGAAAUCCCGUCGAUGCUUCCACAGCAAAGGUCGGGCCGACUUCACGAUAAUUGAAAGCAAGCAUGUACUUCUCUCUGCCACUAAUAUGCUGUUACUCCCCUCAUAGAUAUCAG